AUGGCCUCUGACAGCCGCAAGAGGUUUAUCAAAUACCAGAGGGCAGUCGAUGAGAGGCAGUUCUACAAUUUCUGUGAAUUAUUGCCUCUAGAAGUUGAUACUGAACUGCAGCUUGUCUUUAUCAUAAAUGAACUACAGGAAGUCUUACAUACAGAUGGCGACUGGCAGAAUUUGACGGGAAAAUACUACGCAGAGAAGUCGCUGUGGUUUUUUCAUCAUCAAAUUCUGCUCCCGGAAGUGGAAAAAUUUGUUGCUAGCAGUUUGGAAGAACAGGAUAUAGAAUUAGGUGUGACGAUUAUAGCCCAAUGGUUCCAGCCUAGAGCUGUCUUCACUAUUGAGGAUAUCAAGCAUGAGUUUGACAUGUUGGCCAUGUUGACAAAAGAAGCACUGAAAACAUUUAACCCUGAACACCCAGCUCUUUCCCAUAAAUCUGUGAUCGCAAUGAAAGGGAAGUCAUUGUGGAACCCAGAAAAAUGCAGGCAGGUUGUACAAGCACUUGAAAUGGUCAUUAAACCAUCUUUUAACAAGGGGUUUGAUUCUUACUACACCCCAACUAACUCGUAUAUCAACAUGGUUCUUAGCAAGAAAGAAGGAAUACCAAUCACUCUAUGUUUAACGGUGAUGUGUAUAGCAAAACGAUUAGGACUUCUUCUAGAGCCUGUCAACUUCCCCCAUCAUUUUAUACUCCGAUGGAUGGAGUUCCCUUCCAAAUUUGGCAUUGAGAGGUAUACAUUCAUCGAUGUCUUCGGCGGGAGAUACUCCUUAACUUUUCAAGACCUUGUUGAUAGCUUUUCUAUGCAGACUGCUCCUAUUGUAGAAGCUCACUGUCACCGGUGCACACACCAAGAAAUCCUGCAUCGGAUGCUGAGGAAUCUACUUAACCUCGGGGGACACCAACGCACAAAUAAUGGGCUUGACUUGUUGCACUACAGUGUGGAGCUGUCAAACUGGUUCAUACCCCAGGAUGUUGAGCUUGCAAUCCUGUCGGCACAGGUGUCGCUGCACUUGAAGAUCAAUAUCCCCAAGACAUUGAGCAGAAUUCAAGAGGCAGCUGGGUCAUUCAAUGCCCAUCACCAUGUACUUAUGGAUCUCCAGGACCAGUGUCAGCGUCUUCUGCUUCACCUUCAGCGUAUGAAAGACAAAGAGGUGUCUCCUAGGCCUCCGAAACAUAGACGGGAAAAUGUACAGGUGAUGUUUGCAGUGGGCAUGGUGAUGAAGCACAAAAAAUACAACUACCUGUGUGUCAUCAGAGGCUGGGAUGAGACCUGCCAGGCCAGCGAGCAAUGGAUCAAGCAGAUGAAUGUGGACAAAUGUGAGCGGGGCCGCAUGCAGCCGUUUUAUAAUGUCUGGGUCAUGGAUGGCAGUGACCGGUACGCUGCCGAGGAGAAUCUGGUCUUCACACAUGAAGCUGUGAUGAUUAAACAUCCAGAGGUUGGCCGAUUAUUUUCUGAAUUUACCGGUCGAUAUUACAUCCCGGGGCCACAGUUGGCUGCUGACUACCCCGACGACCUAAAAGUGACUCAUGAUUUGGUGACCAGAUUUUUUGAAGAUCAUUAG